CAGCCGCCGGCCCCGCCGGAGGCACCGCGCCCUGCUCCGCGCGAUCGAUCACCAGCGCCAUGGACCGAGGCCGCGUGCUGGAGCAGCUGCUCCCCGAGCUCACAGGGCUGCUCAGCCUCCUGGACCAUGAGUACCUCAGCGACACCACCCUGGAGAAGAAGAUGGCUGUGGCCUCCAUCCUGCAGAGCCUGCAGCCCCUCCCAGCCAAAGAAGUCUCCUACCUGUAUGUGAACACAGCGGACCUCCAUUCCGGGCCCAGCUUUGUGGAGUCCCUCUUUGAAGAAUUUGACUGUGACCUGAGCAACCUUCAAGACAUGACAGAGGACGACGGGGAGUCCUGCAAAGAAGCCACCCCUGAGCCAGCCAAGAGCCCAUCUCUGAGACACGCAGCCGACUUGCCUCCACCGCUCCCCAAAAGGCCUCCACCUGAGGACUACUAUGAGGAGGCCCUUCCCCUGGGGCCUGGCAAGUCCCCCGAGUAUAUCAGCUCCCACAAUGACUGCAGCCCAGCCCACUCGAUUGUGGACAGCUACUACGAGGAUGCAGACAGCAGCUACCCCGUGACCAGGAUGAAUGGGGAGCUGAAGAACUCUUACAAUGACUCUGACGCCAUGAGCAGCUCCUACGAGUCCUAUGAUGAGGAGGAGGAGGAAGGGAAAGGGCCGCAGCCCACACACCAGUGGCCUUCAGAGGAGGCCUCCAUGCACCUGGUGAGGGACUGCAGGAUAUGUGCCUUCCUGCUGCGGAAAAAGCGCUUCGGGCAGUGGGCCAAGCAGCUGACCGUCAUCAAGGAGGACCAGCUCCUGUGUUACAAAAGCUCCAAGGACCGGCAGCCACAUCUGAGGCUAGCGCUGGAUGUCUGCAACGUCAUCUAUGUGCCCAAGGACAGCCGGCACAAGAGGCACGAGCUGCGCUUCUCCCAGGGGGCUACCGAAGUCCUGGUGCUGGCACUGCAGAGUCGGGAGCAGGCUGAGGAGUGGCUGAAGGUCAUCCGAGAGGUCAGCAAGUCCGUUGGGGGUGCUGAGGGGGCAGAUGUGCCCAGAUCCCCAGUCCUCCUGUGCAAGGUGGACCUGGACAAGGGGGCUGUCUGUGUCCCUCCCCAGAGGCUGUCCCAAGAGAAGCAGACCUCAGAUUCCGACAGCACGGGCCUGGGCGACAACUGUUCCACCCUUGGCCGCGAACACGGCAAAGGGAAGAAGAGCAGCCUGUCAGAGCUGAAGGGUUCAAUGAGCAGGGCUGCGGGCCGCAAGAUCACCCGUAUCAUCAGCUUCUCUAAGAAGAAGGCACUGGCCGAUGACCUGCAGACAUCCUCUACUGAGGAGGAGGUUCCAUGCUGUGGUUAUCUGAAUGUGCUGGUGAACCAUGGCUGGAAGGAACGCUGGUGCCGCCUAAAGUGCAACACCUUGUAUUUCCAUAAGGACCGCACGGACCUGCGGACCCACGUGAAUGCUAUCUCCCUCCACGGUUGUGAGGUGGCCCCAAGCUUUGGGCCCAGACACCCAUUUGCCUUCAGGAUCCUGCGCAACCGGCAGGAGGUCGCCAUCUUGGAGGCAAGCUGCUCCAAGGACAUGGGCCGCUGGCUCGGGCUGCUGCUGGUGGAGAUGGGCUCCAAAGUCACUCCCGAAGCGCUGCAUUAUGACUACGUGGACGUGGAGACCUUAACCAGCAUCGUCAGUGCGGGACGCAACUCCUUCCUAUAUGCAAGAUCCUGCCAGGAUCAGUGGCCUGAGCCCCGAGUCUAUGAUGAUGUUCCUUAUGAAAAGAUGCAGGACGAGGAGCCUGAGCGUCCCUCUGGAGCCCAGAUCAAGCGCCAUGCCUCCACCUGCAGUGAGAAGUCCCAUCGGGCAGACCCACAGGUCAAAGUCAAGCGCCAUGCCUCCAGGGACACAGGUUUGAGCCCUGGUCCAGGAAGAUCCCACAUGCCGCGGAGCAACUAAGCUGUGAGCCACAACUACUGAGCCUGUGCUCUAGAGCCUGCAAGCCACAACUACUGAGCCCGCGUGCUACAACUACUGAAGCCCGCGCUCCUAGAGCCUGUGCUCCACAACAAGAGAAGCCACCACAACGAGAAGCCCACGCACCGCAAUGAAGAGUAGUCCCCUCUUGCCGCAACUAGAGAAAGCCCGUGCACACCAACAAAGACCCAAUGCAGCCAAAAAUAAAUUAAAAAUAAAAAUAAAUAAAUGUAUUUUUUUAAAAAAAAGAAGUAAAGGAAGAAAUUGGAGAGUACAAAGUAAAACUGUCACUGUUUGCAGAUAACAUGAUACUAUACAUAGAAAAUCCUAAAGACACCACCAAAAAACUUCUAGAGCACAUCAGUGAAUUUGGUAAAGCUGCAAGAUACAAAAUUAAUAUAGAGGAAUCUGUUGCACUUCUAUACGCUAACACAGAACUAUCAGAGAGAGAAAUUAAGAAUAAAAAUCCCAUUUAUAAUCACAUUUAAAAAGAAUAAAAUACCUAGGAAUAAAUCUCUUUUUUUAAACUUAGAUAGGUUUUUUUGUUUGUUUUUUUUUUGGCCACACCACGUGGUUUGUGGGAUCUCAGUUCCCCAACCAGGGACUGAACCUAGGCUGCAGCAGUGAAAGCCAAGAAUCCUAACCACUAGGCCACCAGGGAUCUCCCAGAAUAAAUCUAAUUAAGGAGAUAAAGACCUAUACUCAGAAAACUAUAAGACACUGUUGAAAGAAACUGAAGACAACACAAAGAGAUGAAAAGAUAUACCAGGCUCAUGGAUUAGAAGAAUUAAUAUUGUUAAAAUGACCAUAUUACCCAAGACAAUCUACAGACUCAAUGCAAUCCCUAUUAAAAUACCAAUGGCAUUUUUCACAAAACUAGAAAAAAUAAUUCUAAAAUUUGUAUGAAAACACAAAGAUGCCAAAGAGCCAAAACAAUCUUGAGGAAGAACAAAGCUGGAGAUAUCAUGCUGUCUGAUUUCAAACUAUACUAUAAAGCUACAGCAAUCAAAACAGCAUGGGAAUGGCACAAAAACAGACAUAGAGAUCAGCGAAACAGAACAGAGAGCCUAGAAAUGAACCCACACUUAUAAGGGCAAUUAAUCUAUGGCAAAGGAGAGAAGGAAAUACAAUGGGGAAAAGACAGUGUCUUCAAUAAACAGUGUUGGGGGCUUCCCUGGUGGCGCAGUGAUUGAGAGUCUGCCUGCCGAUGCAGGGGAUACGGGUUUGUGCCCCGGUCCAGGAGGAUCCCACAUACC